AUGCGAAACGAGCUGGAUAGGGUUACCAUUGUCGGCGACGACUGUUGUUUCGGCAAUGAGUACCGCUUCCCGCGCGCCGUCGAAACGGCGUACCGGCGCCGCGGCGGUGACCGUUACAACCUGGAGUCGCUGCUGCUGUUCGUACAGUGCAAGGCGGUCAAGCACACGGAAUACAUGCAGCGCGCGCGCGCGCAAACCCUGCAGAUCGUCACCUUCACGGAUCGCAAGCCGCUCCUGGUGUGCCCGCCUCGUCCUUCCCUUCUCUCCCUCGCGGAGUAUCUGGAAGGCCAUCUGCAGACGACGGACGCCAUCGAUCUCAUCGCGCCUAUCGGCCUUCCCCCCUCCGCUCCGCCUUCCGCCGCGCCCCCCGCGUCCAUCCCCUCUUCCGGCGCUGCCACGUCAGCAGCUCCUGGCGGUUUAGGGCAAGGCGCGCAUGGCUCCACGUCAGCAGCGGUAGACGGUGCCACGAGGCCAGGAGGUUUGGGAGCAGCCGAGGCUGGGGAUCAGGCUCGGAAGAGGAGCAGAUGGGAUACGGACAAAAGGGCCAGUGGGGCUGGAGGAGAGGCGGGAGCAGCAGGAGCAGACGGGGGGGGAGCGGGAGGCUAUGACGUGUACGGGAAGAGGCAGAGGGGAGAAGGAACGCAGGCGGGCCUAGGAACGGGAAGAGGCAUGGCGUAUCACUCAGAAGCUGUCCCUGGGAUGGCCGCUGCAGGAUUGACCGUAGGAGGGGUGGGUCUGGGAGGCGGGGGGAUGAGCGAGGAGGAGGAGAGGGAGGCGAUCAGAGAGUUGAUCAAGCGAGAGAGGCCUGUGAGGGACCGGGAGACGGUGCUGCUGUGCCCGCGCAAGAAGGACGCGUUUGCGUCGGUGCUAGCCAUGCUGAACCGGCGCGAGCACGAGCGCAAGAAGCUGGACGUGGCGCACCGGGAGGCCUCCAAACGCGGCCACCCGCCCGCCCCCUCCUCCUCCGCGCGCCCAUCCAGGGACGCGCGGGGAGGCGGCGCGGGCGCGAAUGGUGGGGGGGGCAGCGGUGCUGCUGGUAGCAGUGCUGCUGCUGCUGGUGGCAGUGGGUCGGGUGCGCUAGUUGUCGCCUCUCAGGGGAAGGCAGAAGGGCAGCACGGCCGAUCUCAGCCGUCCAACCCGCCUCCAUCCUCUCGCCACGCGCACCCUCAUGGCAAACCAGAGCACCAAUCGCAGCACAAACAGCACGGCAGCGCUGGUGGCAGCGGCAGCGGCAGCGGCAGCACAGCAGCGGCAGGAGCGAGCCUGGUGCCGAUAAUCCUCGUCCCCAGCGCAGCACAGACGCUGAUUAACAUUUUCAACGUGAAGGAUUUCCUAGAGGAUGGAGCGUAUGUGCCUGCAGAGGAGAAGGCGAAAGCGGCGGGGGGGAAGCGGCCCGAGAUGGUGGCGGUGCAGCGGCGCAUGGGGCGGGACAAGGCGGUGGUAUACCACGUGAGGGACCGGCCCGAGGGGCUGUCGAAACGGGACUGGGACCGAGUGGCGGCGGUGUUUGUGUUGGGCAAGGAGUGGCAGUUCAAGGGGUGGCCCUUCAAGGACCAUGUUGACAUCCUCUCCAAAGUGAUGGGGGUGUUUGUGCGCUUUGAGGAUGACAGUGUGGAGUCAGCAGCAACAGUGAAUCAGUGGAACUGCAGCAUCCUCGCUAUCAGCAAGUACAAGCGGCAUCAGGACCGCACAGCAGCGCUCACCUUCUGGGACAGGCUGGACAAGUUCCUGGCCGCCCGCAAGUCCGUGCUCACCUACUAG